CUCUCUCUCUCCUCUCUCUCUCUCUCUCUCCUCAGCCCCAACAACAAAGAAAUUGAAGGAUUUUUUUUUUGUUGCUCUGAAUUUCUGGGUGCUCCUCCUUUCCUUUCGCAGUGAUUUUAUUUUCCCUCAUCAUUUUCUCGGGAAAAUUUACUCUAAUUUUCCUGGGAAAAUUAAUAGAUCUCUGGUUUGGGCUCCGUUUGCCGGUGCUGUGUAAUGGUGGAAUUAGCGGCUCCCCAAACAGAUCCGGCGGCCGGAGAUCUGACAUUCUCCGGUUCAAUUUGUAAUUACUAAAAGCCCCACAAGGAAGAAGGAGGAGGAGGGGUAGUUGAAGGCAAGAUGCUCAGAACCAAGACUAAAAUCCCACCGGCGCCACCGACAAACGGAAUCUCGGCCGUCCCCGGCUGCGGCGGAGAUUCUAGGCCGAUGGAUUGGGAAAUGAGACCCGGAGGAAUGCUGGUCCAGAAGCGAACCGACUCGGACAAAAACUCGGCCGCCGCCCCAACGAUACGCGUCCGAGUUAAGUACGGCUCAGUGUACCAUGACGUCCAAAUUAGCUCUCAAGCUACUUUCGGGGAAUUGAAGAAAAUGUUGGUGGGUCCAACGGGGCUACACCACGAAGACCAAAAAGUGAUAUACAAAGAGAAAGAGAGGGAUUCGAAGGCAUUUCUUGACGUUUGUGGGAUUAAAAAUGGAUCAAAAAUGGUGGUGGUGGAAGACCCAAUUAGGCAGGAGAAGAGAUUGUUGGAGAUGAGAAACAACGCCAAGACAAUGAAGGCUUCCAACACCAUUUCCCAAAUCAGCUUGGAGGUUGAUAGACUUGCUGGUCAGGUAUCUGCGCUUGAAUCGGUAAUUGGUAAAGGUGGGAAAGUGGCAGAGAAAACGGUGUUGAAUUUGAUUGAGUUACUUAUGGACCAAUUGCUUAAAUUGGAUGGAAUUAUGGGCGAUGGAAAUGUCAAAUUACAGAGGAAAAUGCAGGUGAGAAGAGUGCAAAAAUAUGUUGAAACUUUAGACAUAUUGAAGAUCAAAAACCAAAACCAAACCCCAAUGCAAGUUCAGCAAAGGAGUUCGGAUGGGCCGAAACAAGCACAAACUCAAGCCCAAGCCCACGAUCGUCAUGUUCAACAAACAACGGUUUCUAACGGACAUGAUCAGUCGAGACACCCGACGGGUCAUUCGUCGUCAUUGGUGCCCGAAAGGAAAUCCACGUCAGAAACAGUUGUUACGACGAAAUGGGAGAUAUUCGACGCGAUGACACCGUUGGUGCCAGCCUCUUCUUCUUCAAGUGAAAUAUCAGCAGGCAACAGCAACAAUCAUGUUCAACCCAAGUUCAAUUGGGAAUUUUUUGAUUGAAAAAAUUUUUCAUGAACUAUUUUAUUAUAUUGUGUAUUACUGUCUAAUGUGUGAUUCAGCUCUGUUUCUUCUGUUGGUUUGGUUUUUCUUUCCUUCUAUUCUUUUGUGUACUUAAUUUUGCUUAGGACAAUAUACCCUUUGUCAUUAAGUUCAAUAAAUGGGUUCCUCCAAAGACAUUAAUGAAUGCAACAAUUAUAGGAGUU